AUGAUGCAGACACCCAUGCUGUCAUGCCCGCUCAAGGCAACAAACGAAAUAGACUGGAUAGCUCCGCUCAAGCAGUACAUCCGCACUACCUACGGCGACGACCCGGAACGAUAUGCCGAUGAAUGCGCCGCCCUCAACCGUCUGCGCCAGGACAUGCGAGGUGCUGGCAAGGACAGCGCUGCGGGAAGAGACCUACUCUACCGUUACUAUGGCCAACUGGAACUCUUGGAUUUGCGCUUCCCCGUCGACGAGAACCACAUCAAAAUCUCCUUCACCUGGUUCGAUGCCUUUACCCACAAACCCACCGCCCAGUACUCGCUUGCCUACGAAAAGGCUUCCAUCAUCUUCAACAUCUCGGCCGUCCUCUCCUGCCAUGCCGCCCAUCAGGACCGCAACCAGGAAACCAACCUCAAGGUUGCCUACCACUCGUUUCAGGCCUCGGCCGGCAUGUUCACCUACAUCAAUGAGAACUUCCUACAUGCUCCUUCAACCGACCUGAGCAGAGAUACCGUCAAGACCCUUAUAGCCAUCAUGUUGGCCCAAGGACAGGAGGUCUUUCUAGAGAAACAGAUUGCCGACGGAAAGAAGGUCGGCCUCAUGGCCAAGCUUGCCAGCCAAGCUGCAUACUUGUACACUCAAGCUCUUGAAGGCGUCCAAGACAACGUCGUGAAGGCCAUCUUCGAGCGUGUUUGGCUGCUUGUUGUCCAGUUCAAGACGCAUUACAUGACCUCGCUAGCCCACUACUACCAGGCUCUGGCUGAUGACGACGCCAAUUCUCAUGGUAUUGCUAUCUCGAGACUGGAGAUUGCCAUGACACUUGCUCGCGAAGCCGCCAAAGUUGCCAACUCGUUUCCAUCCUCGAUCCCUGCCACUUCCAACUUGGCCGGAGAUACUGGGUCUAUUCUGGCCAACAUGGCCAAGACUCAUCUGUCUGCAUGUGAUGAGAAGUUGCAGCAAUUCAACAAAGACAACGACUUCAUCUACCAUCAGACAACCCCUCCCGAGGCUGCGCUUCCUGCAAUCCCCAAGCUGCCUGCUGCCAAACCCAUUCCUGUGAGCGAGCUAUACCAGGGACAGGACAUCCACCGCAUUGUUGGGCCCGAUAUUUUCCAAAAGAUCGUACCUAUGGCUGUUACUGAAUCUGCCAGCAUGUACGAUGAGGAAAAGGCUAAACUCGUACGCGCAGAGAGUGAGCGUGUAGAGAUUGCUAAUGAUGAGAUGGCCGCCUCCCUGGAUUAUCUCAAGUUACCGAAUAGUCUCAAUAUUCUCAAGGGUGGCCUGGAUCAAGAUAUGGCUGUUGACUCUGACUUCCGUAACUGGUGUCAAGACUUUGUUGGUCAUGCUCCGUUUGCUGAAGCCUUCGAACAACUCAAUUCGAGCAAGUCUAGCAUUCAUGGCAUUCUCGACCAAUGUCAGAAGAGCUUGGACAUGGAAGAGAGUGUGUGCGAGAAAAUGAGAAACAAGUAUGGGGCUGAGUGGACUCAGCAACCUAGCUCACGACUUACAUCGACACUCCGAAGUGACAUUCGCAACUAUCGCGGAGCCGUCGAAGAGGCAAGUAUGAGUGACGUACAGCUGUAUAGCACUUUUAGACAACAUGAGUCAGACAUGGAGGAGAUGCGCUCGGCAGGCGAGACUGACGAGGCCGACGUACUCUACCAAAGAGCCAUGAUCAAGGUUGGCGCUGCAAGGAAGACAGGAGUGAAGAGUCCCGCAGCGGAAGGAAACCUGAUCGACGAUAUCGAUGAUGACGACAAGGCGAGCGUAGCUGAGCAGAUUGCUGCCGUUGAGGAUUUGCUGAAGAAGUUGACCUUGAUCAAGAGAGAGCGAGAGAAGGUGCUCAAAGAUCUGAAAGAGAAGGUUCACAACGAUGACAUUUCGAGCGUGUUGAUAUUGAACAAGAAGGCCAUGUCUCAGGAGAACCAGCUCUUCAAGACCGAGCUUGAGAAGUUCCGACCGCACCAGCAGCGUCUACUUCAAGCUCAACACAAGCAGCACAGCUUGAUGAAGGAGCUCACCCGUACUUAUAGCGACUUGCUAUCAGACAAACGUGUGCGCCAAGAACAAAACAAGUACGAGGCAUUUUCACGCCAACGUAGCACCGUCAUGACCAAGUAUAAGAAAGUACAUCAAGCACUUCUGGAUCUGCAAGCAGGUCUUGAGCGUGCCAAGAACUUUUACUCGGAGAUGAAGGAUACAGUUGACAGUUUGUACAAGAAUGUCGAGGGAUUUGUUGGCAACCGUAAAGCCGAGGGCAGCCAGCUUCUCAACCAGAUUGAGAGUGGCAAGUCUGCCUCAGGGGCCGGAGGUGCCGACCGCGAGCAACAACGUCUUAAGGAGAUGAUGGAUCGCAUGUCUAUGAAUCCUUCAUCCUCACCACACCAGCAGCAGCAACCGCAGCCUCCUCCGAGACCUUUGCAGUUGCAACAGCAGCAUUCAUACAACAAUUACAACCCGGCAGCCUCGCCACCUGUACCACCAGGCUACGGCAUGCAACCUACACCGUCGCCAUACAUGCAUCAACAAAGCUACGGCCAGCAGCCUCAGCAUCAGCAACAACCCCAACAGCAAAGUUACCAGCAACACCAACAACAACCCCAACAAUCUCAGGGCUACAGCUAUAACCCCACCUCAUACGGCAUGCCCAACUCUCCACCUGCAGCUCAACAGCAAUACUUCUCGCCUCCACCAAACCAAAACCAGAGUCAUGGCCAAUACGGUCAAUCUCAUGGUCAGAUGGGCCAACAGCAGAACAUGCUUCCUCAUGGAUAUGUUCCGCCGCCCCCUCCUCCUGGUCCCCCGCCGCACCAGCAGCAAGGAUAUGGUCAGCAGCCUCAACAAAGUUAUGGUCAGCAGCAACAGCAGCAGGGACAAGCAGACCCUUGGGCUGGCCUCGGUGCUUGGAAAUAG